CGCUUUUCUCCUCAUUUGUCUCCUCGCUGCUUUCCGUAGUCAUUGGGAAAACAUGGCUUCACACUCUAGCAAGGCAUUUCUGUGGCUAGGUCGAAUAAAAGUUCCUGGCCUUGGACUUCAGAAACCAGCGUGCAGGGUCACGUACGCGACGGCUUUGUCUAUAAAUUCUUCUACUGGAAAUAAAGGCCUUCCUGAUAGAAGCGGUAGAGGAUCCUUUGUCAGAAAACCCCGGAGAGAUGAAGGGAAGCCCAGGACAGAAAAGAUGCCAGUGGAUCAAGACUGGACUGCAGUUUAUCCAGCAGCAACCCCCUUUAGAGCAAAUGCUGUCCCCCUACCUGUGAGGAUGGGCUACCCAGUGAAGGGAGGCGUUCCUCCAGAGAAGAAAGGCAACCUGGAGCUAAUCAAGAUACCAAACUUUCUGCAUUUGACGCCAGCAGCAAUCAAGAAACACUGUGAAGCGCUGAAACCGUUCUGUACAGAGUGGCCGACUGCCUUGGACACUGAUGCCAAAUGUGAGGAGCACUUCCCCAUUAAAGUAGAAAUCACCGACUACGUGUCUGCUGGCCCGUCUGUCAGAAACCCUUCAGCUCAUAUUGUUCAUCUCAAAGUCAAACUGUCCAGUUUGAAUCUGGAUGAGCAUGCACGCAAGAAAAUGCUGAAACUUGUUGGCAGGAGAUACUGCAAAGAUACUGAUGUCCUCACCAUCACGACUAACAGCUGCCCACUGAGACAACAGAAUUACGACUAUGCCAUGUACCUGCUGACUGUCCUUUACCACGAGUCCUGGAAAACAGAAGCCUGGGAGGCUGAGAAGACUGUGGCAGACAUGGAGGAAUACAGCUGGGAGGACAGCCCGUCCCAAAAGAAUAUCUUAGAUACGCUAGUGCGCAUGAAAGUGGCCGGGGACGGAGAAGGCGAGGAAGUGCGAGAGCAGCUGCUGGGAAGACAAGAGGUGCAGGAGUAUAAGGACUCGGUCACGAGGCUGAAGAAUGAAGGGGAGAGCGAGAGCACCAUGCUUCAGUACAAAGAGGCUGUCAAGAAAGUAUUCAACCUGUGAUAGAGCUUAAUGUACAAAUGUAUUGACAUGAAGACAGUGACCAAGUGCAACUGGGACCUGUAAUAGGAUCAACAAAAACAUUUUAAAUACACUUUGAACUCCAUCUACAUACCAGUAACACAAACCAGAGAUGACUGUAGAUAAUUACUAUUCCAGUACAGGUCAGAAUAUUAAAGCCUCAUGGGUCUCAACUAAUGUAUUUAUUUUUCUCAAAAUAAAUCUGUUGUCAUAUCAGGUGCAUGAUUCUUUCUUUAAUACAAAAAUAAAAGUCUGAUGUAUGUUA